AAAAAACAAGUUGUUAAAGAAGUAAAGCCUCAUUUCUCUGGGACGGCUGUAGCCAUCGGAUUCCAUCCUUGGUUCAUCGACACAGUUUCGUUCAGAUUCAACUACAGAAGCGAAAUGGCUGGUGGGAGAGUUGCUCAUGCUACCUGGAAAGGACCAAGUGUUGUUAAGGAGAUAGUUAUCGGGAUAACGCUUGGCCUUUGUGCUGGUGGGCUUUGGAAGAUGCAUCACUGGAAUGAGCAGAGGAAAGUGAGAGCAUUCUACGACAUGCUCGAGAAAGGUGAAAUCAGUGUUGUUGCAGAAGAAUAAAUGUUUUAAUAUCUUAUGAAUUGUCGACAGCUUCAGCUGCAUUUUGUUUUAUUAUAUUCCCCUUCAUUUGGCUCUUAUAUCGAUGAUGAGAAACUCCAUUUGAAUAAUUUCAUCUCAUGAUCUUGAUUUCAGUAUUAGCUUUGCGAAUUGUGCCCUUGUGGCUUCUUCUAUAAAAAAGGUUUCUUCUGCAUC